CCAGUAAUAAAACCACAGUCUAGUGCAGAGCAGGAAAUCCCUAAGGAGGAAAACAGGUUUGUCAGAUAAACAAAUUUCUGAUAAGCAAGGCCCUGUACUUGCUGCUCCACUGGAACCUGUAAAACAACAUAAACACUCACCAGAGGAUCAGACCACACAGUCUGUUGGAGAGACGAUGAUUCGUAAUUCAGAGCAGAGUCAGCAGAUGGCACUAGCUCUGCAGCGGACAGAGGCACAGCUGUUGGCUGCUGUAGAGUUGCAGACGGCGCAGAGCGACCUGGCAGCUGUGUGUGCACGACAACGUCGUCUGCUGGACAAUCAGGAGCGCCAACUUGCACAACUGGUGGCCCGGCAGACGGAGAGGCAGGGGCUGAUGGAGAGUCAGCUACAGAAGCAGCAGGACAGGAUACAGCAGCUGUUAGAGGUACUUUCAAGUAAUACGUUACCUACAACAUUGGAUGUUGAAGCUCAUAGUCAAGCUUCGAAAGGUGUGGAGGUAAAUGAAGAUAAGGAACGGAAUAAAGAAGUUGUAAAUGACCUUGAGGUUGAAGUCCGGAAAGUAACCCUAGAUAAUGAAGAACUGCAACAGAAGAUAAAAUUGAUGGAAAAAUAUCACAAGAUGGAAUUUGAAUCUUUGGAAGUCCAGCACAGGAGAGAAAUCGAGUCAUGGGAAGAUCGUCUUACCAAGCAGAAAGAGCUAUCAGAUCAACUAAGAGAUGAAUUCAAAGAAAGGAUUGCUCGACUUAAGGAGAACGAAGCAGAGCUGAUUAAUGAGCACAACCAGAGGGUGCGGAGACUGAGAGAGGAGCAAGCUGAGGACAUGAGACAGCUGAUGCAAUUCCACAAGAUGUCCUUAGAGCAGUUCACAUUAUUCGGGCAGCUGGUGACUACCUCCUCAAGAGAAGAACACAAACCACCUGUCCAAACUUGGAAGCCUCUAGAAGCUAAUCAGAUAUCUGAGAAAGAAGAGGAUCUCCAUAGGAAAGAAAAGAUAUUGAAUGCACUCCAGGAGAAGUUGGAGAAACAGAGAGACUCGUCUGAAAAAGAGUUAGAAGAAAUGGAAGCAAAAUUGCAAGAUGAAAAAAUAAAGAACGAAGAAAUAUCAAAACAGCUAAAACAUGAAACAAACUCAGCUCAAGAGAUGCAAGAGAAGGUGAUGUCUGAACAGACCCAGCUGGCAACAGACAAGUUGUCGUUGGCCGAAGAGAGAGCAAAACUGGAUGCACUAGCCAAACUACAAGGAGUUAGCGGCACUGCAUCUUUUGAUAUGUUACAGAAGGCUCAGAACCAGCCUCUCCAGUCAAAGCCAAGGCAGAAGUGCAUGGAGCUCUUGAAGCUGCCCGAACAGCCGAAGCGGAAGCUGUGGAGGAGAGGCGGAGACUAA